UCUGUCUCCUAAAAUUACCGAGCACGGGCAGGUUUGACAGACAGCUGUACGGGAGCGAGCCAAAUGCCUCGAGUUCGGCUGAAUUUAAAAAUACUCAUCUGAGCUGUCCUUUUGUACAAGUCGAGGCUCAUCCUAUCAGCAAAAAAUGUAUUCACUGGGACGAAGUUAGACAGGCGAAUUUUUUUUUCCCUUCUGGCCUCUUAAAACAAUCCGCAAGGCUGUGAGUGAUUCCACCUUCCAGGUGUGUGUUGAUCGCCUGUUAACCAACUGGAUUCAAGGAAGGCACCUUUCAAAUCUGAUGACCCAAAGUAUUUCACAGACACUUAAUAAGCUUGGAGUGUGGUCAGUGCUGUAACGUAGGAAACGCAGUGGGCGUUUUGUGCACAGCAAAUCCCACAAACUGCAGUGAGAUGAGACCGUCUGGUAAUUGAGUACUCAAGUUUUGGUCUUCUGUUCCUGAAGCUGGAGAACUGCAGACAUGGGUCUCAAGACUGCUUUACCCAAGGUGGAACUGUACCUUUAUAGCUUAGUGUUGACCCUAGCGGUGCUGUGGUCAGCCAGCUGGAUCUAUGAAGCCUCGACAGAGAACAUGAGCAAGCAGACCUUUAAGCAAAGUGUCAAGCGUGGCUGGUCGUACAUUGGUCGGAAGAUGGAUGUGGCUGACUUUGAGUGGGUUAUGUGGUUCACCAAGUUCCGAAACUACAUUCUUUUUGCCUUAUCGGGUCACGUGCUCUUUGGGAAAGCAAUUUCCAUGUCCUUACCUCAGCACAGAUCCAUGUACUUUAUGGUUUAUGGGAUUCUUGCAGUCCUGGCUACAAUGGGUGUCUCCUAUCUCAUGUUAAUCCUGUCCCACUGCAUUCUGCUCUAUGGCAUUGGCUUGGCUAAACAGAAGUGGCUGUGUUUCGCUGCUGGCCUGUGCAGUUUAGCAACGUUUAAAAUAGAGCCUGUAGCUUCCUGGCAGACAGGGUUUGUAACGGGUACCUUUCAGCUCCAGGAUGUCCUGUUCUACGGAGGAAGUGGCUUCACCAUCAUGCGAUGCAUGAGCUUCGCAUUGGAAAAUGUCGAGAAGAAAGAUGGGAACUACUCAAUCCUGGACCUUUUCAUCUACAACUUCUACCUCCCCUUCUUCUUCUUUGGGCCGGUGAUGACGUUUGAUCAGUUCCACGCUCAGAUAAAUCAAUCCAAGUUCGCUCGGAAAGAGAACGAGAUGUGGAACAUUGGGAAAUAUGCCUUGGCUCACCUUGCUGUAAUCGUCUUUGUCGAUAUCUUCUUCCAUUACCUCUACAUUCUGACCAUACCUUCUGACCUCAAGCUGGCAGCAGCGCUCUCUGACUGGGCAUUAGCUUGCUUGGCUUACUUCAACCUGGUGUACGACUGGAUAAAGGCGGCUGUACUCUUUGGCGUGGUGGGGACAGUGGCUAGACUGGACUACCUCGACCCGCCCAAGCCACCGAAAUGUAUCACCAUGCUUUACGUCUUCGCUGAAACGCACUUUGACAGAGGAAUAAAUGAUUGGCUGUGCAAGUACGUCUAUGAUUACUUGGGGGAAGACCACAGCAACAUUCUGAAGGAGCUGCUGGCGACGGUCUGCACCUUCUUGGUCACCACCCUGUGGCUGGGCCCAGAGACCCUGGUCUACAUCUGGUCUACAUGUAAUUGCUUUGGCCUCAACUUUGAGCUCUGGGUCCAGAAGUUCUUUGAGCUUGAACCUUUUGCAUCGAUUGAGGCAAAGCAGAUGUCAAAGGCAAUGUCACGAAGGAUUAGAGGUGUCUUUGGUGCUGCAAAUUUCUGGGCCAUUAUUUUGUACAACGUCCUCUCGCUGAACAGUGUUGACUUUGCGUUAUUGGUUGCUAGAAGACUGUUCCUUGUUGGAUUUCCGCUGAGCCCGCUAAUCAUCCUCUUUGUGACCUACUGUGGAGUCCAGCUGGUCAAGGAGAACGAGCGCAGGUUGGCACUGGAAGCCGAGAAAGAGAAGGUCGAUUAGAGGACUGGCUGAGAGAGAGGGAGGGAGGCCUCAGGAACUCCUGCCCUCUCAACCGUUACUGAAUUGGCCUUUUCCGAGUUACACAAAGGAAGUUUCAGGUUAUCCAAAUGAAUCAUUGCCCGAAAGAAUCGUUCCAGUGAGAGUGGACUUUUUCCACGCCAUCCCUCCAUGUGACACAGACUUUGAUGGAAUCUCCCGUUUCCCCAUGGAUCGUCUUGGAGACUCUCCCUGCUGGGAUUUGACAGGUUGAGGGCAGAGGCAUCCAACUUGUGCAAUAAAGGCUGACCUCCCCCUCUCCCUGCCUGCCUGCCUGCCUCUGCACCCUCAGUUCCAGGUUUGCUUUGGCGUAUCCAGCCUCAACCGCUCGAUGGCCAAUUGACGUGUGUGCUUGUGGCCAAUCUGCAUUACAGUGCAAUUCGUGGGGAUUACUAUCAACCUCAAUGCUCCAGUGUUAGGACGAAUCACAGUCUGCUAGAGACACAGGACAUCUGAGAUUCUAAGCGAAGCCCUUCCAUCCCCAAUGAGCCACCUUCUUCCCAAGAAGCCAACACAGGAAGAUUCCGUCCACUGCCCCUUCCCCACCAUCACAUCAUCUCCAUCCUUGCCCCCUUCUUCUCUGCAGAGCCUGACAAUCCUUCUUCCUUUCCAAAGCGUUUAUCCAAUUCCCUUCCUUAAAAGUUAUUGUUGAAUCUUUCAGGCCUUGUGCUCCCAGCAGCUGUCUGAGUAAGAGUAAUUCAGCAACUAGCCUACUUCUACUGGGUUCCCUGGGCUAGUUGUGGGCCACCUUGCCCCCCUCCUGCGUUCACUAGCCAAUUUUUCCUUUUGGCCCCUUUUGGAAGGGGCGGAGAGUAAUUGGGGGGGGGGUGGGGGGAACCACAGAUCCACUAUUACUGGUAAGGAGGAUGCCACACGUCACAGGAACGCACAGAGUAUUGGGCGGGACACGCAGAGUUGGUGAAGAAUCUAUUCUUCUUUUCCCCAGCUAUCUCGGAGGGUGAGGCUUUCCCUUUGUCCGGGGAAAACUCGGCACUAAAUUAUUAUCAAAGAUUUCGCUUCCUUUGUCCUUUGUGGAGUUCACUGUAAUGCAGGUGUGGGAGGUAGGUGUGUCCAACAUCUUGAGAGCCCCUGCACACCUGAUACUCUGAACCCAAUGCACUGUCCCUUCCAAUGCACUGCUUCAUGAACUGUAAAU